CGCAUGUGUCCGUUGGAGUACGACUUGUUUGGGAAAAUCCAUCAUUUAAUGGGUGUUACUCCAGACUUUUUCGAACUUGUGUUAAUGGGAUUUGAAUCAGUAUUUGGUGGUGUUACCUGCCUUCCUGGAUGUUUUUGUAUGUACCGCCUCAAAGCUCGUAAAGGUGAAAAUGAUUGGGUACCAAUCAUUACUAAACCGGAGAUUGUUCAAGAAUAUUCUCAAAAUAUUGUUGAUACACUUCACCAAAAGAAUUUGUUGCUUCUUGGAGAGGAUCGAUUCUUAACCACCCUCAUGUUGCGUAAUUUUCCUCACCGCAAAAUGAUGUUCUGCCCACAAGCACUCUGCAAGACCGUUGUUCCAGAUGAGUUUAGAGUCUUACUUUCUCAGCGUCGUCUAGACGGAGAAACUAAAGGUGAUGAUCAUGGUAAAAAGGAAGGUCAAUUUGAUGCAUCUAAAGUUCCUUUAAAACGUUGGGAAGACUGGGAACGCUCACGAAUACGACGAGAACGUCGUAAUAAAGAACGUCAACUACAGGCAUCCCCAGUACCCCCACUACCUUAUAAUAACACGCAAACUUUGACAGUUAACGAUAAUACAAGAUUGUUAAGAAAUGGGCGUGAUGAUACAUAUUAUUCCGAAACGGCAUCUAAUCAUUCUUCAUCGCCUGUACCAGAGGUCGAACAACCAACGCAAUUUUAUGAUUACAAUUUAACGCAGCAGCUAAAUCCUGCGCAGCCGUAUAGUUAUCAACAAGAACAAUAUAAUUAUAAUAUACGAAAUGAUAGAAGGCCGUAUGGUGAUCAAUAUAGCCCUGAUUAUAGACAAGAAAAAUAA